CAUCAAUCACAGUUUAUCCUUUGAGAUUCAGCAGAAGAUCCUGAUGGAGGAGGAUGAUAACCAGAGAGAGGAGCCCACGGAGGAUGGAGUUGUUGAUGUGCAACAUCUCGAUUGCAACAAGAUUAUGGCAGAGCACAGCCAAAUGCCAAAGCGGCUGGAUUUACAAAAUGAUAGCUUAGAGGAAGGUUUUGAAGCAAAUUCCCUUGAGAGCAAUCCCAUAAACGUGAUGGAGAGCCUAAGCCAGAAGAAAUACUCUUCCAGCCUGAGAUUUAAGGCCAACAGAGACUACUCUGGCUCCUACUUAACCCUCUCACAACCUGUGCCUGCUAAGAGAAGCCCUUCUCCUUUGGGAACCAGUGGCAGAAGUAGCUCCUCCUUGACCAAAAUCCAGGGAAGCAAGCAGUUCUUUUGUGAUGGCACUGACAAAAGUAUUUCCGUGAAGCCUCCCACUUCUUUGGUUGGCACCUCACCCUCUCUCAGUGGCUGUCCCCUUGGCAGAGUAGACUUUGAUCAUUAUACUGGCCGGGACAGUGAAAGGUCCUUGAGGGUCUCAGAGAAGCCUCCCUACUCCAAAUAUAGCUCAAGGAAUAAAUCCCAUGACAAUGUCUACUUUCUAGGAGGACUGGAAGGUCGAAAGGCAUCUGGCUCCCUCCUGGCCAUGUGGAAUGGAAAUUCCCUGACUGAUACAAGUCCCUCUCCUGUCAGCAGAUCAGGAGCGGCAAGCAUGCCUUCAAGCCCAAAGCAAGCCAGGAGAAUGAAUGUUCAGGACAACCUGGUACUUCAUCCUAUGUUAACUAGACACAAGGAGCUAACAUCUGAAAACAUCAGUUUGAGAACCAGGAAGUGUUCGGGCAGCAGCCUGAGUCACAUGGGAGCCUAUAGCCGAUCACUUCCCAGGUUGUACAGAGCCACAGAGAAUCAGCCGAUGCCUCUCAGUUUGCCUCCAAGGAACUCUCUGGGCAAUUCUAAACGCACAAAACAGGGAGAAAAGGAUCUACCUCAUAGCAUAAUAGACAAUGACAAUUACCUUAAUUUUUCUUCUUUAAGCUCAGGGGCUUUACCCUAUAAAACCUCUGCAUCCGAAGGCAGUCCUUAUGUAAGCUCCACCCUCAGCGUCCCUGCCAGUCCCCGCAUAGCUCGGAAGAUGCUCCUCGCCUCCACAUCCUCCUGCGCCUCUGAUGACUUGGAUCGGGCUCCAAACUCAGGGACAAGCCCGAAUCACUCAUUUCUUUCCGGAGAGCCGGACAGAGUGUUUGCAGCCAGGAGGAACUACUCUUGUGGAUCUGUAGAGUUUGAUGAUGCUGAUUUGGACAGCCUCAGACAGGCCUCAGGAACCCCUCAGCCUGUUCUUCGGGAGCGGAAAAGCAGCAUUAGCUCCAUUUCAGGACGCGAGGACCUGAUGGAUUAUCACCGGCGGCAGAGGGAGGAAAGGCUCAGGGAGCAGGAGAUGGAGCGAUUGGAGCGUCAGCGUCUGGAGACAAUCCUCAGUCUUUGUGCUGAAUACACCAAGCCCGACAGCUGCUUAGCCACUGGCACCACCGUGGCCCAUGUGCAGAAAAUCAAUAAGGAGCUUGAGAAGCUGCAGCUCUCUGAUGAGGAGUCUGUAUUUGAAGAAGCCCUGGCGAUCCCUGACAUGAGAUACAGGUGCCACCGGAAAGGCUCUCUCCAUGAUGUGGACUUGGCUGGCUUUGGGAGUCUCAGCCAGAGCAGUGCCAGCUUCCUCUCCCCAAGGAGCAUCAGAAACGAUGAACUGUUCACUGACCUCAUGAAGACUCCCCCACUACCUUCUUCUGCCUUUCUGAAAGCUUCCAGCGAGUCCACUUAUCUAAGUAUCCUACCAAAGACCCCAGAGAGCGUAAGUGAAGAACAGAGGACACAGGAGUUGGCUGCAAUGGAAGAGUCCAGGAUUAUAAUUUUGAACAACCUCGAGGAACUCAAACAAAAAAUCAAAGAUAUAAAUGACCAGAUGGAUGAAUCUUCCAGAGAGUUGGAUAUGGAAUGUGCACUUUUGGAUGGAGAACAGAAAUCUGAAACAACUGAACUUAUGAAGGAGAAAGAGAUUUUGGAUCAUCUAAACCAGAAAAUAGCAGAACUGGAAAAGAACAUUGUUGGUGAAAAGACCAAGGAGAAGGUAAAGCUUGAUGCUGAAAGGGAAAAACUAGAGAGGCUUCAGGAGCUUUACUCCGAGCAGAAGACCCAGCUGGACAAUUGUCCUGAGUCCAUGAGGGAACAAUUACAGCAGCAACUGAAGAGGGAUGCUGAUUUGUUGGAUGUUGAGAGCAAACACUUUGAAGACCUAGAAUUCCAGCAGCUUGAACAUGAGAGCCGUCUGGAUGAGGAAAAAGAGAACCUGACCCAACAGCUCCUGCGUGAAGUGGCUGAGUAUCAACGCAACAUAGUUACUAGAAAGGAAAAAAUUUCUGCAUUGAAAAAACAAGCAAAUCACAUUGUCCAGCAGGCUCAGCGGGAGCAAGAUCAUUUUGUGAAAGAAAAGAAUAACUUAAUAAUGAUGCUGCAAAGGGAAAAGGAGAAUCUUUGUAAUUUGGAAAAGAAAUACUCCAGCCUCUCAGGGGGGAAAGGGUUUCCUGUCAGCACCAAUAGUCUUAAAGAGGGCUAUAUCAGUGUAAAUGAAAUUAAUGAGCCAUGUUGCAAUUCCACGAAUCUGUCCCCUUCCACUCAGUUCCCUGCUGAUGCUGAUGCUGUUGCCACUGAGUCUGCCACAGCUGUGCUGGUGAGCCAGCCACAGAAUACAGAGCACUUUAGAAGUCUGGAAGAAAGAAAAAAACAGCAUAAAGAAGGCCUCUAUCUGAGUGACACUUUGCCUCGAAAGAAAACCACACCUUCCAUAUCGACACAUUUCAGCAGUGCUACUAUGGGGAGAAGCACCGCCCCACAGGCUCAUCUGCCCCUGGGACAGAGCAACAGCUGUGGUAGUGUGCUCCCUCACUCGCUGGCCACUGUGACCAAAGACUCUGAGUCUCGGAGGAUGCUCAGAGGGUAUAAUCACCAACAGAUGAGUGAAGGACAAAGGCAGAAAUCUUCUGAAUUUUACAACCGGACCGCGUCUGAGUCAAAUGUCUACUUGAAUAGUUUCCAUUAUCCAGAUCACAGCUACAAGGACCAGGCCUUUGAUUCUUUGAGCCUAGACAGCUCUGAUAGCAUGGAGACCAGCAUCUCUGCCUGCUCCCCUGACAAUAUCUCUAGUGCCAGCACUUCAAAUAUUGCCAGAAUAGAAGAAAUGGAGAGACUUUUGAAACAGGCUCACGCAGAAAAGACAAGGCUACUUGAAUCGAGGGAACGGGAAAUGGAAGCCAAAAAACGAGCUCUGGAAGAAGAAAAACGACGUCGAGAACUCCUGGAAAAACGACUGCAGGAAGAAACUAGCCAGAGGCAGAAGUUAAUUGAAAAGGAAGUGAAAAUAAGGGAGAAACAAAGGGCACAGGCGCGUCCUUUGACACGAUACCUGCCUGUCCGGAAGGAAGACUUUGAUUUGCGAAGUCACGUGGAGACUGCGGGCCACAAUGUCGAUACCUGUUACCAUGUCUCAAUCACAGAGAAGACCUGUCGAGGAUACCUUAUCAAAAUGGGUGGGAAGAUUAAAACUUGGAAAAAACGCUGGUUUGUUUUUGAUCGGAACAAGCGAACAUUCUCUUACUAUGCAGACAAGCAUGAAGCUAAAUUAAAAGGAGUAAUAUAUUUUCAAGCCAUUGAAGAAGUGUAUUAUGAUCACCUGAAGAAUGCUAAUAAGAGUCCAAAUCCAUUACUCACUUUUAGUGUCAAGACACAAGACAGGAUCUAUUAUAUGGUGGCCCCAUCACCGGAAGCCAUGCGGAUCUGGAUGGAUGUUAUAGUUACUGGGGCAGAAGGUUACACUCACUUCUUGUUGUAGUGAAUUGGGUCAACAGUUCACUUCAGGGCAUACUGCAAUAAUCUCUUACAAGAAUGAAGCCAUAUUCAAUCCUAGAUGGAAAUACCCAACAAACCUACCGCUUUAACUGUGUAUAAGUAGAACGGUUUUCAUAUUAACAAGAAGUCAUCUAUAAUAGAGGAAGAAGGGCUUUUAAGUCAAAGCUUGAUCAUAAAUAGCAGAAGAAUUGAAGCACCUAUGAGAAAGAAAACACUAUUUUGAUAAAUAGCAUCACUUACAGGAAUAUUUCUUGCAAACUUUUUUUAUUUUUUUCAAUCAAUUGUUGGUUUUGGAGAAACAAACUAAAUAGUUUACAGAAAUGUCUGUAUGCAUUUGGAAAUAUAAAAUUACUUUAGCACCCUAAUCAUUAACAUUAGCAUGACUAUUUUGAUAUUCAACUGGCUUUUUAAAAAGUCGCAUUUUGCUAAAGGUGAUUUUAUAAAUAUAAGUAAAGACUUGGGUGGUGGGAGGGGAAUAUAUUUAGGAGGAGAUUUUGCCUUAAUUUUUGAAGACCACACCAAAGCCAAACACUUGGCCUGAUUUCUGUUUAACGUCAGUAGUUUCCAGUGAUUAACUGCAUUUAGAAACAUUCUGCCUUAUAAACUGGAAUUUUGAUGCCACAUCAGGUGCCCACGAAGUUGACUUUGAAGAGUCACCACCAGCAUAAGCUGCUGUACACAUACAGCAAACUAUUCUAUGUAAGAGAAGAAAGAACAAAAAGCUGUGUGUUUUAGAAAGAAGCAGUCUUAAACAUUCUGUCAUAUUGGGCAGUUUUAAAUAAAAAGAAUAUUUAGUGUUA